AUGAAGGGCAUGAUCGCCGUCGGAGCGGCGGCGGCCGUGUGCUUCGGGGCGUGGAGGUACUACACGUACCACACCUGCCUGGGCACCUACGGCCGGGACAUGACGGCCGCCGCCGGCAAGGGCGACCCGGUGGUGGGACGCGACGACGAGAUCGACCGCGUCAUCCGCAUCCUCUGCCGCCGGAGCAAGAACUGCGUGGCCCUCGUCGGCGCCGCGGGGGUCGGCAAGACGGCCAUCGCCGAGGGCCUCGCGCAGCGCAUCGCCGCGGGGAAGGUGCCCAAGCAGCUCAAGGGCACGCGCCUUGUGGAGCUCGACCUCGGGGCCAUGGUGGCCGGGACGCAGUGGCGCGGCAUGUUCGAGGAGCGCAUGAAGGCCGUCAUCAGGCGGACCGAGGCCUCCCGCGGCAAGAUCAUACUGUUCAUCGACGAGAUGCACACGCUCGUCGGCGCCGGCGACUACCAGCGCCGAAACGACGCCGCCAACAUGCUCAAGCCGGCGUUGGCCCGUGGCCGCAUCCGCUGCAUCGGCGCCACCACGUUCGACGAGUACCGCAAGCACAUUGAGAAGGACACCGCGCUCGAGCGGCGGUUCCAGAAGGUGCACGUCGAGCAGCUGACCACACAGGCCACCGUCGCCAUCCUGCAGGGGAUCAGGCGGCGGUAUCAGAAGCACUAUGGCCUGGAAAUCCAGGAUGCUGCUGUUGACGCCGCCGUGCACCUUGCUGACCGCUAUAUCACUGGUCGUCAAUUUCCUGAUAAGGCAAUUGAUCUAAUAGACGAGGCUUGCACCUCCGUCGAGAGAAAAGCAAAAGCAAUUGUUGGCCCGGAUCUUAUCGCACAGGUGGUAAGCCGGUGGACCGGGAUCCCUUUAACUCAGCUUGAUCAAGAUGAGAAGGUCAAGUUAAUGCACCUAGCAGACAAAUUGCAUGAGAGAGUAGUUGGGCAGAAUGAGGCGGUCGAUUUGGUUGCAGAUGCCGUGUUGCGUUCUAGGGUUGGUCUUGCUCGAGGUGGCCAACCGGUAGGCUCCUUCCUCUUUCUAGGCUCAACUGGUGUUGGAAAGACAGAACUUGCGAAAGCUCUCGCCGAGCAGUUAUUUGGCAGCGAGAAGAUGUUGGUUCGCUUCGACAUGUCAGAAUAUAGUUGCCCUUCUUCCGUGACGCGUCUCAUUGGAGCACCGCCAAGCUAUCAUGGUUACCAUGACGGUGGACAACUGACGGAGAAAGUCAGAAGACGCCCAUACAGUGUUAUUCUUUUCGAUGAGGUGGAGAAGGCGGAUUACUCGGUGCUGAAUGUUUUCCUUCAACUACUUGAUGAUGGUGUGUUGACUGAUGGUAAAGGCCAGAACGUAGAUUUCAAAAAUACAGUCAUCAUCAUGACGUCGAAUCUUGGGGCACAACACCUAACAGAAGGAAGCACGAUGAAAGUUGCACAUGACCUUCUCAUGAAACAGGUUCGGAAAUACUUCAAGCCGGAACUCCUCAACAGACUGAGCGAGGUUGUGAUAUUCGAGCUGCUUUCGCACCAGCAGCUGAAGGAGAUAGUGAAUAUCCAGAUGAAGGACGCCAUUGCUAGAGUAGCCAGCAAGGGCAUCUCUCUAGUUUUAAGGGAUGCUGCAUUGGAUGUUAUUUUGUCGGAAUCAUAUGACCCAAUGUACGGUGCGAGGCCUAUAAAGAGGUGGGUCGAGAAGAAUGCAAUCACGGUCAUCUGCAAGAUGCUGGUCAGUGGGGAAGCCGAUGAAGGCUCGACGAUCUCCAUUGAUGCCGACAACGACAACAAGGGGCUGAAGUACCAGGUGACGAAGGAGAGCGCGUCGGACUCAGUUUGA